CAUCCCGGAAUCUUCUCUCCCGCCGCGAGCGACGACGCCAUUCCUGAAUACCGUCAAGCAGCACACCCCAUCGAGCAGCUGGGAGUCAUCGCAGAAUGAGCAGCAGCACUAUCGAUUUGGAUGACACCAAAUCGCUGGACAGUCUCUACACCGAGACCAUCAACAUCGGCGGCCGGGUGUACCAGCAACUAGCCCUGGAUAGGGGAUUGGGCUUCACGCCGAUAGACGAGGACGAGCGCGAGAGGCUGGACCAGCAGCACAUGAUUCUCCAGAAAGCGUUCGACCAGAGGCUCAUAUUUCCGCCGAUCGAGAACCCGCAGAACAUCUUGGACUGUGGCUAUGGGUCUGCUGCUUGGGUUUGCGAGGUUGCCGAGCGAUACCCACAGUGCGAGGUUAUCGGCGUGGAUAUUUCUCCGCAUAUGAAGCCCGAUGAGAUCCCUCCGAAUUUGUGGUUGCAGGUCGAUGACUUGAACGAACCGUUCACAUUCGCAUCGAACCAAUUCGAUCUGGUCCACUCCCAGCUUGUCGUCACCGGCAUUAAAAAAGACCGUUGGCGCUCUUACAUCAGAGAUUGUGUGCGUGUCACGAAACCGGGCGGCUGGCUUCAAUUCGUCGAAUGGUACACCAACGUCCAAUCCGACAACGGAAGUAUGGGCGACGACCAUGCCCUCCGGCAACUCAGCGGCCUCUACUUGAGGGCGUUGGAUGACACGAGAGAUAUCCGGGUCCCUAUGAAGUUGGGGACCAUGAUGCGCGAGGCUGGAUUGGUGGAGGUCGACAGUCAAAUGAUUCAGUUGCCGGCGAAUGGCUGGCCUUCAACCGAACGCGAACGUGAAAUCGGAAAUAUGAACAAUGUACUGUACAAGGAGGGACUCGGAGCCCAGUGCAACUACCUGCUCCACGAGUACCUGAACAUGGAUAUGCCAGAAAUCCAUGUCCUCGUUGCGAAGGCGAGGCAAGAUCUCGACAAUCUGGCUUUGAAGCCUUAUAUUGGCUUAUACGUCGCCAUCGGCCGCAAACCGAAUUCUUAACAAGUGCAAGUCCCGAACAGUUUCCGGACUUGCACUUGUUAAGAAUAAACCGGAUCGUGGAGAUGGCAGAUUCAGCAGACGAUAUUCAUCCAAGUGGUUGAAACUUCGAGAAUCGAGUCAUGCGAUCGGGAUGUGACGAAUCUUGCUUUUGCGCGCGUGUAUUGUUUCAUUUUUUCCUUGGAGCGACUGUGCGUGUUAUUGUCUGUUUUAUUGCGCUGUCUGAUAACUGCAGCAGCUCCCCGGG